ACCCUUUCCUUCAACCUCAACUACAAAUUACAUUUUACUUUUCUUCAACGUUAACGUUCACUUUUCUCUCUACCUUAUAACAUAAACAAUCUCGUUUCUGAGGUUUGAACGAUAGAAAAAGUAAAAAAACUGAGAGAAAUGAAGGCGGGAGUGGUGGUGGACGACGGCUUUAUCUAUGCAGAAGAGACCUAUCUCACUGUGUUGAAGACCUCGUUGUUCUUCGCCAACGACGGCUUCACCGUUUACGACUGUAAAGGUGAGUUGGUCUUCCGAGUUGACUCCUACGGCCCCGACACUCAUGACAGAGAUGAACUCGUUCUCAUGGACGCCCACGGCAAGUGUCUCCUCACUGUCCGGAGAAAGAGGCCAAGUCUACAUCAAAGGUGGGAGGGGUAUGUGGGGGAGAGAGUGGAGGGUCAGAAACCGAUCUUUAGCGUGCGAAGAUCAUCGAUAAUUGGACGGUCGAGCGUGACGGUCGAGAUGUACGAGAAUCCAGGUGAGGAGUACCAGAUCGAAGGUAACUUCGCGCAGCGUUGCUGCACGAUCUUCAAUGCGAUGAAGGAAUCAGUAGCUGAGAUUCGACGCAAAGUGGAUGCUUCAACGCAGGUGAUGCUUGGUAAAGAUGUGUUCUCAUUGUGCGUCAAGCCUGGGUUUGAUGGGGCCUUCGCCAUGGGAUUGGUGCUGGUGCUUGAUCGGAUCAACGGUUAUGAUAAUUUUGAGGAUAAUGGAGUUGUAGUGGACCCUCCUACAGAAGAAUAGUUUUCAAGUGUUUUUCUAAUUGUCUUGGUGGGGGACUUUGGGGAAUUUUUCUUACUGUAUUGCUUAUGGGAUGUUUAUGACUUUGUAUUUUAAACUCACGUUACUAAUUUUAAAAGCAGAUUCUAGUUUGUG